CACCCACGGGGAUUUUGGGGUGGCCCGGGGGGUGCCCCGGCCAGCCUUAACCCUCAAGCCCCCUCCUUUCCCCGAAACCUCUGUGAAUAAGGCAAAGGCGUGAGUCUGUGUCUGCUCAGGGAGCACGUUUCAGCGUCUCCAUCUGUCAUGGAAGAUGCUUUUAUUUAUGGCUCUUCUUGCCAGGAUUUUUGGCAGGUGCUGUUUUUCCUCGCUGGUUGUUUUGACCCUGGAGUACACACGAGCACGUGGGCUGUGUGUCUGUGAGGUUCGCCAGACCCGAGGAGCUUGUUGUUCCCGGUGUUUUAUAUUUGAGUCGGGGAAAGAGCUGACGAACAGUUGGUGAAACGAGUCGGGCAGGUCUUGGCCCAGGCUGGUAGAGGAGGCGGCUGUUUCUGUUGGGUGCCAGUGUCUGAGUCCCUCUCGGUGUAUGUGUGGUAACAACAUGUCUGUCCCCCUCCUCGCUGAUGCAGUGACUGUCUCAGGGGCAGAGCGGGAGACUGCCGCGGUCAUUUUUUUACAUGGCCUUGGAGACACGGGGCACAGCUGGGCUGAUGCUCUCUCCUCCAUCCGCCUCCCCUACGUGAAAUAUAUUUGCCCUCACGCGCCCCGGAUCCCAGUGACCCUCAACAUGAAGAUGGUUAUGCCCUCCUGGUUUGACCUGAUGGGAUUGACUCCGGAUGCACCUGAGGAUGAAGCUGGGAUCAAGAAAGCCGCAGAAAACAUUAAAGCAAUUAUCGAGCAUGAGAUGAAGAACGGGAUCCCACCCAACCGCAUCAUCCUGGGGGGCUUCUCGCAGGGCGGUGCCUUGUCGCUGUACACGGCUCUUACCUGCCAGCACCAACUGGCCGGCAUCGUGGCGCUCAGCUGCUGGCUCCCGCUGCACAAGGCCUUCCCACAGGCGGCAAAUAACGGCGUGAACAAGGACAUCGCCAUCCUGCAGUGCCAUGGGGAGAUGGACCCCAUGAUCCCCGUCCGCUUCGGGGCCCUCACUGCUGAGAAGCUGAAAUCUGUCGUCACUCCCACCAAGGUCCAGUUCAAAACCUACCCUGGCGUGAUGCACAGUUCCUGUCCUCAGGAGAUGAUGGCGGUGAAGGAGUUCAUUGAGAAGCUGCUGCCCCGGAUCUAAGUGGAGCCAAUCGAGACUGUUGCAGGGAAGGACGCCGAGGUCACAGCCGCUGAUCUUUCCCCCGUGACCCGUCUGCUGCAAAUGGAAGCCAUGGCACCCCACCGCACCUCCCGCUGCAUCCCUGGCCCCCGCCUCUCGCCGUCUCCUCGCACCGUGUCCUCUCCGGCUGGGGUUGCCCCAUCUCUCCCUGCUGCCCUCGGAGCUGAGAUUGGAGCUGUCUAAGGCGAGUCUUCGAGUGGCCUUUUCUCUCCUCUUGCUCCGAGCGGUUCCUGUGGGGGUCACCAUCCCCUCAACUCCCCGUUCAGGCACCGCAGUGUGUGGGUCUGGCAUGGCACGGGCGAGGUUUUUUUGUUAGCUUUCGUUUUUUUUGUAACAGUAUUAGGGGUGAGACGUGCCCCUGUGCGGCGGGAGGGGCGGUGUGGGCACAGGGCAGGGCUGGGGCACUCUCCGGAGCCCUCUGUGGCUCAGAGCAGCCCGUGCUCCUCCUCUGCCUUCGGCCCAUCCUCUCUGUGGCUGCUCUCGGCCUCUGCUCAGGCGACUCACGGGUUUUCAGUCAGAGCUCAGGAACCCGGGACUCUCCUGCAACAAAUGCCUCAAAGCCCAGGGAGAAGCCCUUCUCUGGGCUGGUACCGCCAAAGGCUGCCCCAUCUCCC